UCUCGGAAUGCUAACGACCAGAGGGGUGCGGCCCCGGAGAGAGAGAGAAACAUGAGGAAGCGAAAGGCAAACUGCACUUGUUGCCCUUGACGAGGGACCGCACGGGUAGGCGACGCGCGACACGGGUGUCGAACUCUCAAACGCUCAAACGCUCCAGGGGGGACGGUAUCGGCGAUCGACCGGGACUGGCGUUCGGAACGAGCGACCGACAGAAGAAGAAGAAGAAGCGCGGCCGCACACCACUGACGUGGAAAACGCGAGCACAGACACGGGCACUGCACACGCGCGCACGCACACGCGCGCACACACACAGCGGGCACAGUCUAGUACGAGGGUACGCAGCCACGCCUUGCCGUGGUCCCAGGUGCGCUCGGUCACAGGGUAACAGCACAGAGCCCUCGGUGGAGCCAUCGCCUAGUUACCAGAGAGAGAGAGAGAGGGAAAGGAGACAGAUCUUCAGAAUGGCAGAAGCACCAAAAAUCGAACUCUUCAUGAAGGCGAGUAACGAUGGAGAGAGCGUGGGGAACUGUCCUUUCUGCCAGCGACUCUUCAUGAUCCUGUGGCUGAAGGGGGUCAAUUUCACCAUAACCACCGUCGACAUGAAGAAGGCGCCAGAGGUGCUGAAGGACCUGGCCCCUGGGUCCCAGCCUCCUUUCGUCAUCUUCAACGGCGAGGUGCUCACCGACACCAACAAGAUCGAGGAGUUCCUGGAGGCGACUCUGGCACCCCCGCAGUACCCCAAGCUGUGCUGCAGGAAUAAGGAGUCCAACACCGCAGGAGACGACAUCUUCCACAAGUUCUCAUCCUACAUCAAAAACUCCAACCCAAAACUGAACGACAGCUUGGAGAAGAGGUUCCUGAGGAGCAUGGUGAUACUAGACGAGUACCUGCUGACGCCCCUCCCUCAGGAGCUGGAAAAGAACCCGAAUGCUAACAAGUCCACCCGGAAUUACCUGGACGGGGACACUCUCACACUGGCCGACUGUAACCUCCUGCCCAAACUCAACAUCGUCAAGGUGGUGUGCAAGAGGUACCGAAACUUUGAGAUUCCCGUGGAGCUGAAGGGUCUGACCCGAUACCUGCAAAAGGCCUACGAGCAGGAGGAGUUUCGCCAAACCUGCCCCAAUGACUCUGAGAUCCUGGAGGCAUACCACUCUGUGGCCAAGUACCUCAACAGAUAAAAACAAAAGGAGAGGGACGGGAAGAUAGGGAGAGACCGCCACAGAAGGAAGGGGCCAGGAUUCAAUCAACAUUUGUCCUUAUUGUUGAU